GUCGAAAGUUUGACGUGUCUCCUAAGCCCUUUACUAAAUCUAUCUGUAUCAUCUUCUCCUGUCUAUUCUCCUUAAUUUAAUGCAAAACCACCAACAUCUUUCGUCUUCAUGAUUGCAAGUACUGACAUGAUAGCAACUCUUUAAGAGCGCGGCUUUAUAUUAUACCACUCAUCUUUGCUCACUUUUCCUCUUUGAUCUUGCAUAUUUGGAAAGUAGCAUGGAAAAUUUGGACUUGAAGGGUUUAACAACACUUUUUCUAGGCUACCAAAUCUUUCUAGUAUUACAAAACGUAUCUUCAGAAUGACCCAGUCAUGUUUAUAUUAAGAUGGAAAGAUGUGACCACAGUCUUGUUUAUUUAAAUUUUAAAGGUGCAUGCUCUAUUAUUAUAUUUAUACUCAAGUCUUGUAUAACUGAUUUGAGCCGGCCAAAAGAGAUCUGUGUUGACUUUUAAAUGAGCUGUUGUUGUGUUUCAGCCAACUAGCAAAGAUUAUAAAAAAAGUUCUGUUUUUUUUUAAUAUCAGUCUCUUAAGUUCUGUUAAAAACAGAAUUGUGGCACAGAGCUCUUUGCUUGUGCACCUUUCAGAAAAUUUCAUUGAUUGAUGCAUACGUACAGGAUAACCUCUACUGAGGCAUCCAAUGUUGAAGGGAGAGGCAGAGCCUAAGCAGAAGAGAGGUUGGUCAGAGUCGCUGCUAGAGUUUCGGUCAGGGUGAGGGGAAAAGAUGAAAACUGAGCCAAAGAAACGUUGGAAAUCUCUUGCACCGCUUCAUCUGAAAAGCAAAUCAGUUGCGCGGUUUUGCUUCUUUUCGAAAAUCAAGUUGAACAACUAUGGUCCAGGCCGUGCACCAGUCUAUCUCAAUGUUUAUGACUUGACUCCUAUUAAUGGAUAUAUCUAUUGGGCAGGGCUCGGUAUAUUUCACUCCGGUGUAGAAGUUCAUGGAGUAGAAUAUGCUUUCGGUGCACAUGAUUAUGCAAACAGUGGUGUUUUUGAGGUUGAACCAAGGCAAUGCCCAGGCUUCAAAUUUAAGAAGUCGAUAUUCAUUGGAACCACGAACUUAAACCCGGGACAAGUUAGAGAGUUCAUGGAGAACAUGGCUUGCAGUUACUAUGGGAACAUGUAUCACUUGAUCGUUAAGAACUGCAACCACUUCUGCCAGGACGCUUGCUACAAGCUUACAGGCAAGAAGAUCCCGAAAUGGGUGAACCGGCUUGCGGAAAUAGGUUCUGUGUGUAGUUGCAUACUUCCCGAGUCACUCAAGAUUACAGCGGUUUGCCAUGAUCCAGACGAGCAAAUUCCCGAAGAAGAAAACGAAAAGAGAAGUCUUACGAGCUCAUUCAGUUGCUUGUCUUCCAUCUCCAUGAGACAAAAACAGCUUUCGACGUCAUCCUUAUUCCUACAGUCACCUCUCAGAGGCUGCUUACCUCCAUUUCAACUAAAACGAUCAAAAUCUAACAGCAGUUCCUUAAAAGAAAUGUAGACGACCACAUUUGUCUUUGUAAUGGUGUUCGAAAAAAUGUUACUUUUAACAAUUCUUCAAUCUGUUUGUAUCGCUUCCAAAGCUGGGAACCAUUUCAUCUUUCCAUGUAUUGAUUGCCUCAACUCUGUUUAUAUAUCUAAACUGGCUGUCUUAGUUGAGAACC